AUAAAAAGUUUUUGUGCUAUUCUGAUUUUCAGUCACAUUUUAGUGUGAUACAGGUACAGCCAUGGCGAGGCACGUGUCUCAACGCCAUGUUAGUCAACUGCUUCACAACAAGUUUGUUUUGGUCCUGGGUGACUCAAGUGAGUAACAAUGGACAUUUAUUUUCUAAUAGAAAUGGCCUUAUUAAUUUUUGACUCAAGCUUUUAUAUGGUUGUUUUCUCUCCAGUUCAGCGGUCAGUAUACAAAGAUUUAGUGAUGAUGUUGCAACGAGACGCAUAUUUAAGUUCAUCGCAGCUAAAAUCCAAGGGUGAGAUUUCUUUUGAAAGAGAUUGUCUGGUGGAAGGUGGAAGGCUUGGCGAAAUGAAUAAUGGGACGACUUAUAGAGAAGUGAGGCAAUACCGGACAGACCACCACCUUGUACGGUUUUAUUUUAUUACCAGAGUAUUCUCAUGUUAUAUGGAGAGCAUCCUUGCUGAUAUCGACAAUGGCAUGAAGCCAGAUCUUGUCAUAGUCAAUUCCUGUGUGUGGGAUGUAUCCAGGUACAGCCGAGAAUGGGCCUUUGAGUACAGGGAGAACCUCGAGAAGUUCUUCAGGCAGCUAAAGACCAUUUUGCCAAAAGAGAGCCUGGUGGUGUGGAACAUGACCAUGCCCCUGGGCAAGAAAAUUGUGGGAGGUUUCCUGGUGCCAGAGAUACAGCACAUGGGUCCAGCUUUAAGAUUUGAUGUGAUCAACGCAAACUUUUAUGGAGCCACUCUAGCCAAUGCGUAUGGCUUUGACGUGCUGGACUUGCACUUUCAGUUUCGCUUCAGCCUGCAUCACCGAACACAUGAUGGAGUGCACUGGAAUGCCGUCGCCCACCGCAAAAUAACUUGUCUGUUGCUGGAACAUGUUGCACAGGCAUGGGGAGUGGAACUAUCAAUCUCUGACCAGCGUAGUGCAGAUACUCGCCUGCCAUUACUUGAGGGUUCCUUCCUGCAAAAAGUUACUUCAAGGGAUCUGAAUCGCUAUCAAGGUACAUUUCUAAAUGGUGACCAGAGAUACUUCAGUCCUGUGGAACCUGCCAUCCCCUACAACAACGGUCCAGCAUGGAGACAAGGCCAAAGGAUGAGGCCAUAUGGUGGCUUUGGACCACAGUUCAAGGAUGAUUUACCUCCCCCCUUUACUGCAGAUUUCCACAGAGGUGCUGUCAAUCCAACUGCUGCCCCCUAUUGGCCAGUGAACAACUUGGUCAUGAAACAGAGACACAGAAGGCCAUAUAAUCCUUACACAAGAGAGAGACCACGUCACUUCUACAAAUAUUAAACCCAUAGAGACAACUAAAUGUGUUUGGCCAUAAUACAAAUCUUUGAUCAUCAAACUUUACCCUUUACAUAAAAAGGAACAUAUUUUGCAUGUCUAGUUAAAGAACAUAAUGCUUUUUCUGCUUGUUUAUCUCCUUGUUAUGGAGGGUGUGUGUUUUACGCAUUGAAAUGUUUCUGUUGCGUCUUUGUUUUAAAUAUGAUGCUUGUUUAUGAAGUCUAAGAUCCCAAAUAACUGUAGAGGAGUCAUUCAGUGUUACUAGAUUCUCAUGUGUAUUAAUGUCACAAUAAUACUAAAAUGUGAUACAGCAAUAGAUCGAUUACCACUUUAAUGAAAAAAAAUCAGCAACACAGAACCUUUCUGGCACUUUUGUUUUUACUCUGAAAUAAACAAUUCUUUUAAAA